GAGCAUUUUCUACGUGCUCAGAACGGAGAGAGAAGUUGAUCGCAGCGAUGGCAAGAACCAAGCAGACCGCUCGUAAAUCCACCGGUGGCAAAGCCCCGAGGAAGCAGCUCGCUACUAAAGCCGCCCGGAAGAGCGCCCCAGCCACCGGCGGCGUCAAGAAGCCCCACCGUUACAGGCCCGGGACCGUGGCUCUCCGAGAGAUCCGCCGCUAUCAGAAGUCCACCGAGCUGCUGAUCCGCAAACUGCCUUUCCAGCGUCUGGUGCGAGAGAUCGCUCAGGAUUUCAAGACGGACCUGCGCUUCCAGAGCUCCGCUGUCAUGGCCCUGCAGGAGUCCAGCGAGGCUUAUCUGGUCGGUCUGUUCGAGGACACCAACCUGUGCGCCAUCCACGCCAAGAGAGUCACCAUCAUGCCCAAAGACAUCCAGCUGGCCCGCCGCAUCCGCGGAGAGCGCGCUUAAACCCGCCGCUGACAAACACCCCAAAGGCUCUUUUAAGAGCCACACACACCGCACUGAACGAGACCGUUUCCACUCUAAUGAUGCUUCUAACAAAAAAUAUGUAGUUUCUUGUUACUAU